GGACUUUGGAAUCCGAAACGCUUUUCGUGGGAUGGUGAACAUGGGAAUCAAGCGCCGGAAGGCAGGGACACUGGAGGCGGGUGGCCUGUCGUGGCGAUGGGUGGCUUCCCCUGUCCUCGUAGGUGUCUUGUCGCUCCUGUGGCUUCAUGUGUUUGCACCGCCUCCCCCGACAACCGAGAUGCAACUCCGCGCUUUCGAAGCGUGGAUUCGGCAACACGGUGGUCGGAUCGGCAACGUGCAGCUCGCUGCGUUCCCUGGCAUGGGCAUUGGUGUGCAAACGACCAGCGACAUCACGGAGAAGGAUGAAGUGCUGUAUUUGCCGCGCGACCUUGUCAUAUGCCGUGACACCGUCACCAAGCAGCUCCCGCGCGAGUUUCUGCGCACGGGACCCCAUGCCGACGACGACCUUCUAGCCACGUUCUUGUUGCUCGAGCGCCUCAAAGGCCCCGCGUCCAAGUGGGCACCCUACUUGGCCGUCUUGCCAUCGGUCAUUCCGUCACCCAUGAGCUUUACAAAGCACCAAGUCGCAGCUCUUCAUGACGAGGCGUUGAUUCAGUUGAUUGGCGACGCCAAGCGCAGCACCACCGCCGCAUUCAAGGCGUUGCUGAGAAAGUUGUCGGCAGUACUCAAGAAACGCAAGGCGUCGUUGAGUUUGGACGACUAUAUUUGGGCAACGUCUGUGCUCGGAUCCAGGGCGCUGACCAUCCAAGGCGUGCGCUACCUCGUACCCUUUGCCGACAUGUUCAACGGCCAGUCGCAUCCGUCGGCACGAUUGGCAAACAACGGCGCUCGAUUUUUGGAAUUUCACCAAUUGUCCAACCAUGGCGACGUGCGUAUCUUGGCCGAUCGCCCGUGUGCCAAGUUCGACCAACUCGUUGAAGAUUAUGGCGAUAAUGACAAUUACAUAUAUUUCAUGCACCACGGGUUUACCAUGUCUCAGAACCCAUUCGACUGCGUCCGACUACCGCUGCCGUCGCCGUCUUCCUCCAAAGCCAAUGUAUUGGCGUCCUAUGGCGUGCCAUCUUCAAAGCACAUUUGCGUGCAGCCCACUGGCGACACGUUGGAUAUUGUGGGGUGGGCGAUCUUGCAAGCUCUGGUGCUGACCGACGGGGACGCCCAGACAUGUGCGACGACCCACACGUGUUUGGAGUUUGAGUCGCCGGGGAAGGUGAUGACUCAUGCGGACGCGGCGGCGUGGGUGCUGGCGGCGACCACGGCGGCUCUGCAGGCGUUUGCUACGACAGCCGACGAAGACGAACACGUGCUGUCCACGAACGCCACGACGAUGUCUCCUAAUAUGCAGUUGGUCAUAACAUUUCGACGGCAACGCAAGCUUAUAUUGCAGCAGCUUGUAGUUACUCUAACAGCAGCGACCGCCUCGUCCCGUCCGGCGUCGGAGGCGAACGUUGUCGCAGACGCCGCCGCCGUGUCUCCUGAACCGGCGAACAGCGUGGACGACAAGAUCCGCCGGUUUCACCAGUGGUUUAACAGCCUCACGACGACCAAUAAACUGCAUGUUCGGUACAUGGGGCCUGCGAUGGGGUACGGGACGUUUGCUACCGAGGACAUCGCUGCCGACGACGUUUACGUGGGGGUACCCACUGCCAGCAUCCUCGACUCGACAUCUGCGACACGGCACCCCCACCUCGCAACCGUGUUUCGAACGCUGUCACAGACGUCUGGCCACCGCGACCGCAUGCACGAACUGGUACUGCACCUCAUACACGAAAGGUUUGUCCGACAAGAAGAGUCGCCGUUUGCCCCGUACUUGGCCUUGUUGCCGCCGCUGCUAGAGGACGGCGCGGUGCCGUUGAUGUACUCAGCCAAACAAUUGGCGGCGCUAAAGUCGGUGGACUUGCAUGAGGCGGUCGUGGCGUACCAGUUGCAAGUGGAGAAAUCGUACCAAGCGAUCCAUCGCGUGGUGCUAUCCAGGUUUCCCGAGAUAUUCCCAGCCAGCGUGUUUACAUGGGAGCGGUAUCGGUGGGCGCGGUACAUUCUCGACACGCGCAGCAUUUGGUGGCAAGGGGAGCGUCACUUGGUGCCGAUGCUCGACAUGGUCAACUGCCAAGAAGGUCCUGCGAACCAGCCACCGGCGCGGGUCCAUCGCACGGCGCUGUCGGCGGACGGACGCGUCGCCGUCACCAGAGCCGCAUGGGCGUUCCCUUCCAACUCCCAAGUCGUCGAGAACUACGGACAGCCCAAUUGGAUCUACUUUUUGUACCAUGGCUUUGUCUUGUCCAAGAACAGCCACGAUUGCGCGCACAUUGUGCUGGACAUGGAGUCGCCCAUGCAAAAGAUCCAAGCCUCGGACCUGUACGAGGUAUGGUGAAGGAAAUAUGCUAAUGCGUGGAUGGAAGAUGAUGGGGUUGGGAUAGAGGUAUGUGGCCAAGGUGCGCCACGUUGGACUCACGUCUCUGCGCCCGGACUUUUGUCUGUCGACCCACGCUAUUCCCAAGCAAGCACUACAAGCUGCAGCGUUGUACACUGAGUUGCACGCGUUGUCCGACGUCACGUACAUCAUGGAUGGAAGCAGCGACGUCGACGGGGACGCGAAGACGCGCGAGGUGAAGGCCCUGCGCUUGGUGUUGCAAAAGCGGCUUGACGCGCUCGGAGGCGUUGAAAUGCCGUCCUCGACCGAGGGGUUCAACGGCGACGUCCUUCGCGUGUACAUGGACCAGCAGCAUCUCCUCCUUACCCGCCUCAUCGACACGCUCGACACCAAGUUGCUGGAGCCGCUCAUGUAACGUUGUUCAAUUGUCCAAAUGGAUUUCGAAGAACACACACUCAUAUCCGGAUAAUCGAGUAAUGGAUAUUCUUAUGCGGAUG